AUGCCUCCUCGUCGCCGUCCCAACCUGUCUCUGUGGACACGCUUUCGAUUAUGGCUUCGCUACGCACACUCACCUCUCCGACUACGGGCUAGUUACAUCCGACUCAGUCAUCAGCACAAAUACCCUCUGUUUGCGCUUCUCCGCCUGUUCAUUCCGUAUCCCUCGUGGUAUUUUCCAAUCCCCGGCCCGUUUCCUCUGCGAUCACUCGUCGAGGACAAGAAAAACCAGACGGGCAUCAUUCUAUCCCGGUUCGGUGAUAUUCAUAACCUUCGAGAUAUUCCUAUCUGGCGCAUGCGGGACACGCCGCUACGAUCUAUUUACCGACUUUACGAGCUCCACCUCGCCGAUCGGUAUGUGCUAAUGGGAUGGGAAACAGAAUACUUUUUCUUUCGACGGGACUGGAAGCUGAAAGAUAUACCCGACCCAAACGAUCCAGAUCCGCUCCGCUACGCGAUCAUUGCCUCUAUCGUCGAGGAAUUGCACGAAGCAGUUAAUUGGCGACUGAGCCUAGGACUGCGGAGAAACAAGGAGCAUGUUUAUCGGGAGGAAGACGGAGACCCGUGGCCCCCCUUUACUCCCGAGGAGCUGCCUCUUUGGACGGAGAAGGUUCCGCCGAUUGACAAGGACUUGCUGAGCGUAUCGGUACCGCCAGAGUCACUGGAUUCGGAAGGGAAUUUGGUCCUUGAAGAGAACGGCAAAGCACCCAAUUUCGCCAAGCGCAAUAUCAUCACAAACACAGGCUGGCUUUACACCAUCUGA